GGGGUAACUCCUAGGCGUCCCGAGUCUGAGCAGCUCCACCAUUAUCUCGAAGCACCUCGCACUUAUAUCUCCUAGCAACAGCGGCAAUGGCGGUGGCUGUAUCUCUUCCCUUCGCCAUUCAGAUAUCCUCCCUUUCUUCUCGAAAGCAAAGCGUCGCCUGCGCAACUUCCUCCUUCGAUCUUCUCCUGAAGAAGCGGUUUUCGAUAUCUUCUUUAACUUUGCCUCCCUCUUCGAGCAAAUGGAGCGCUGUAACCUCGCUGCCGCGCGGUGGAUCGAUAGUGAUCGCCUGCUCGUCUUCUUCUUUUCCCAACAACGCUUCACGACCCUCUACUCGCCUCUUUGUUAGUGGUCUUUCUUUUCGCACUACUGAAGAAAGUCUAAAGAAUGCUUUCAAAAAUUUUGGGGAACUCAUGGAAGUGAACCUUGUCAUGGACCGGAUUGCAAAUAGACCAAGAGGUUUUGCUUUUCUUCGUUAUUCCACAGAGGAUGAAUCCAAAAAGGCUAUUGAAGGAAUGCACGGAAAGGAAAUCUCUAUUAUUUAGUGCCUUCUCAUAUGCAGCCAACAACACAUUGGAUAUAUUCCUCGUUAUAAUCUUUUAAGGACAACUUUGCUUCAAAAGAACAAUGCAAAUGUUGCAACGAAGAUCUCUUAUUAAUUUCAUCAGCGUUAUAGAUUUUUGGUGUGUUGGGAAGUCCGGCAUUUAUAGAUUAUAUAAAGAUACGCUUUAUAUCGCCAAUAAAAUCAAAGAAGUGAUUAGCGGUUGGGUUCAUAUAAAGUAGUUCAAGUAAUCAUUGACAAUGCAUUGCUAAAUAGAUCUGUAAGAACACUAAUUGAGACUCAAUACCCUUAUUUUGUUGGACUCUUUGUGUUCAUACAUUGAAUUUUUCUUUGAA